AGGUUGAUGAUCAUGGUGGCCAGGACCUGCUCUCUACUAGUGCUGCUGCUUUAUCACACGCUGCUAGGGGGCUCUGCCAGUCUCAUCCCCGAGGUGGGCGACCGGCGAAGAUUCAGUGCUGAUUUGGGCCAGCCGGCUCCGCUGCAGCUCUCGGAAGAAAUCCUGCGUAAAUUUGAACUGCGUCUGCUCAGUAUGUUUGGGCUUAAGCGGCGGCCCACCCCAACCAAGAAUGCUAUUAUCCCUUCCUAUAUGUUGGAGCUCUACCAUCUGCACACGAGUCAGAAGCCCACGUCCAUGGACUAUAGCCUGGAGAAGGCGAGCAGCAGAGCCAAUACGGUCAGGAGCUUCCAUCACGAAGAAACCCUGGAAGAGCUUCCAGAAAGAAGUGGGAAGACAUCUCGGCGUUUCUUCUUUAACUUAACAUCUAUCCCUGGUGGGGAGAUUAUCACUUCAGCUGAACUGCAGGUUUUUCGGGAGCACAUCCAAGAUGCCACCGAACACGACGGCAGCUCUCAUCACCGUAUUAAUAUUUAUGAAAUUCUCAAACCGGAACGAGAGGCAACCAAGGAUCCUGUCAUAAGCCUCCUGGACACCCGCUUGGUGCAUCACAACGCCAGCAAAUGGGAAACAUUUGAUGUGACGCCAGCUGUAAUGAGAUGGAUUGCGCGUGGACAACCUAACCUCGGUUUUGUGGCAGAAGUGGUACAUUUGAACAAUGCCAGCAAUGUGUCCAAGAGGCAUGUCAGGAUCAGCAGGUCACUGCAUCAAGAUGAUGCUAGCUGGUCUCGGAUUAGACCCUUACUGGUCACUUUUGGGCAUGACGGCAUGGGCCACCCACUCCAUAAGAGAGAGAAACGUCAGGCCAAACACAAACCACGCAAGCGCCAUAAAUCCAAUUGUAGAAGGCAUCCUUUAUAUGUGGAUUUCAAUGAUGUAGGGUGGAAUGACUGGAUCGUGGCCCCUCCAGGUUACAGUGCCUUCUAUUGCCAUGGAGACUGUCCCUUCCCAUUGGCAGAUCAUCUGAAUUCCACCAACCAUGCCAUUGUUCAGACACUGGUCAAUUCUGUGAACUCCAAAAUUCCCAAAGCUUGCUGCGUGCCGACAGAACUGAGUCCCAUUUCAAUGCUGUAUCUUGACGAGAAUGAAAAGGUGGUACUAAAGAACUAUCAGGACAUGGUUGUGGAAGGAUGUGGGUGCCGCUGAGGCAACAGCAAAAUUAAAGGGACAAAUGGAACAGAAAAAGUAACACACAUACACAAAACAUACACACAAACACACACACAACUUGACACUUUAAUAUUUCCCAAUGAAGACCUUAUUUAUGUUAUGAUAUGGAGAAUUAAACACAUCUAUUUUGAAAAUCUAUUUAUGUCUACAGAAAAAAAAGCGAGGAAAGAUAUUUUAAUCAGAGAAUUAUUCCUUUUAAAGAUUUUUAAAACAUAUUUUAGUUGUACAUUUUAUAUGGGUUUAACCCUACCCCCCCUUCCCACAGCACAUGAAGUAUAAAGGUCAGAUUCUUAUUUUGUAUUUAUUUACUAUUAUAACCACUUUUUAGAAGAAUAGCUAAUUUGUAUUUAUAUGUGUAAUCCAAAACCAGCAGAAGAAAAAAAACAAUAUAUAUAGGGUUUUGUACAUAAUUUAAAGUGAAUGGUAGCUGUUUUCAGUUGUGUGUAUUUAAGUUGAAAUGCAGAAGGGCUGUUAUGGCAAAGAUGCAUAUAUCCCAUUUUGCUUUUUGCAGUUCUACUGUUAAGGUCACAAGUGUAAACCCAAUGAAAAAGGGCUAAUCCACCCUGCUGACUCAAGAUUAUAUUGUACAAUUCUCAGGAAUGCUGCAGGGUGGGCUGUCCACGCUGUGAGAAACUCCACGCUCUCGUAGAACCAGGCUUUGCCCAGCAAAUGGGAAAGGACGACUGUCCCCACAUGAAGGCCCCAAUGGGGCUGCUAGGAAACGUUUCUGUCCCUUUGCUUCUUCUCAGCACCUACCGAAAAGCAAAAUGUUGACGCUGUUCCUUCCCUUCGAAGGCAUCUGUCCUUUGGAAUCCAUUGUCCUGGCCAAAUACUUAAUAAAAGACCAGAUUUCCUCCG